CAAAAAAAAAAAGAAUUAUUUUUAUAAACCUUUUCGAUUUUAGCUACUCUGUUUUUGUUAGGUGAUUUUAGCAAAGAAGAAGAAGAAUGGCGAUGCUAGUUGAUCCACCAAAUGGGAUUAGACAAGAAGGGAAACAUUACUACACGAUGUGGCAAACAUUAUUCGAAAUCGACACUAAGUAUGUUCCGUUUAAGCCCAUUGGAAGAGGAGCUUAUGGUGUGGUUUGUUCUUCAAUCAACAGAGAAACCAAUGAGAGAGUUGCCAUUAAGAAGAUCAACAAUGUGUUUGAGAAUCGCAUCGAUGCUUUGAGAACGUUGAGAGAGCUUAAGCUUUUAAGGCAUGUGAAACACGAAAACGUUAUCGCCCUUAAGGAUGUUAUGUUGCCCACUCAUAGGUACAACUUCAAAGAUGUUUAUUUGGUCUAUGAGCUUAUGGAUUCUGAUUUGAAUCAGAUCAUCAAAUCCUCUCAGUCUCUUUCUGAUGAUCACUGCAAGUACUUCUUGUUUCAGUUGCUAAGAGGAUUGAACCAACAAGACUGGGAUCUCCAGUUCAUAGAUAACCAGAAAGCUAGGAGAUUUAUAAAGUCUCUUCCUUUCUCGAAGGGUACUCACUUUUCUCAGAUUUACCCGCACGCGAAUCCUCUGGCGAUAGAUUUGUUACAGAGGAUGCUUGUGUUUGAUCCAACCAAGAGGAUAUCGGUCAGCGAUGCGCUUUUACAUCCCUACAUGGCGGGUUUGUUAGAACCGGAAUGUAAUCCGUCAGAAAAUGUUCUGGUAAGUUUGGAGAUAGAUGAGAAUAUGGAAGGAGAUAUGAUCAGGGAGAUGAUUGAACUUCCUGAGUUUCUUGGAGGUUCAUGUACUAGUGCUGACAAUGGUGGCUGCAUGCGCUCUGACAAAGGCUCAUGGAAAAAUCCAGAGAUCAUGAAGAGGGUUCACAAUGGUGAUCACAAAUGCUCCAUAGGAUCCGAAGCUGAAAACUCUGCAGAGAAGACCAUCCCUGAGGAAAAUGACUCUACAACAGAGCCGGCUCCUGAAGAGGAAAAAGCUUCAACAGAGGUUGAAAUUAUAAUUCAGAGAUUUCAAGAAAAAGAAGAAGAAGAAGAAGCUGUUCAACUACUGGUGAGGGAGGAAGGAACCAUGAAGGGAAAGCCUCUUGAAGAAUUAAUGGUGGAUUGAUAAUGCUUUAUUUGUUUGAUUGUAUCCAAAAUGCCUCUGACCAAUGCGCUGAAAUCAUCAAAGCCAAGCUUAUUGUAAAACCAAUUUCUUGUAUUCUUAUUAUUAAAGAAUGUUGAAACGAAAGAAAGUUUUGUUCUUUCUGUGUGUAUAUUAUACUUUCUUAUAAAAUUACAUGUACAUCAACUUGUAUUUUUCUUUUGUAGCUUCCUACUAGUUAAUACACAGUUAUAACGUAA